GAAUUAGUGAAUUAUUGUAACGGCGUUACAAAAUUUUGUAAUGGCUGUUCUCCAUCAGCGUAACCAGUUUUAUUAUGCGACUGCGCUGCUCGUCGAUUUCUGGAAGCUCGAGUGGUAGUGGAAGACCAGCCAAAGGAAAACCCUAACCAACGAUUUCCAUAUCGAUCGAAUCGAGAAGCUCAAAUCUCCACAGAUUCUACUUGGGGAAGCGAUGGAGCGAUCGCGCUCCAAGCGGAGCUACCACCACGACCUCGACGCCCACUCCCCGAGCCCUCCCCCUCGAUCCAAGUCCCGCUACGACGGCGGCAGCGGAGGACACCACCGGCGCGGAAACCACUACCGGCGGAGCGGUGAUCGCCGCGGCCCGCCCCCACCUCCGCCUCUACCACCGCCGCCGCCGCCCCCGCCAACACUCCCCUCCUCUUCCACCCUCUCCCCCUCCCCCAAGCUCCAGGACGGCCCCCACAGCGCGGCCACUGUCACCACCUUCUUCCGCAUCCUGUGCCCUGAUACCAAGGCCGGCGGCGUCAUCGGCAAGUACGGCAGCAUUAUCAAGGCCUUCCGGCAGGAGACCGGCGCGUGGAUCAACGUUCACCAGCUGGUCCCCGGUGACGACGAGAGGAUAAUUGAGACGUUGGACGAUCGGAGGAAGGAGCUGGAUGGUCGCCCACCCCAGUACUCGCCAGCGGAGGACGCUCUGCGGAUGAUCCAUGAGCGGAUCGUGGACGCCGAGUUUGAAUUCGGAGACGGCAAUGAGGAUGAAGCGUAUGGCAGCGGUGGGGCAGGGUGGGGAGGUGGGGAUAGGGAUCGAGGAAGGAUUACAACGAGGCUGGUUGUGCCGAGAACUCAUGUGGGUUGCUUGUUGGGGAGGGGAGGGAAGAUAAUUGAGCAGAUGAGGAUGGAAACCAAUACCCACAUCCGAAUUUUGCCACGGGAUCAGUACACUCCUCGAUGUGUCACAGUUGCAGAGGAGGUAGUUCAGAUUGUUGGAGAGGGAAAUUGUGUGAAAAAAGCUGUAGCCAUCGUAUUAUCUCGUUUAAAGGAGAGCUUACAUCGUGAUCGUGGUCCUUCCCGUGGACGAACAUAUUCACCAGAGCGCUAUGAUGAGUUUGUAAGUAAUACACCACAUCUAUCAGGCGCUGAAGAAUCUCUUUUGGCUUCACGAUCCUCAGCUGGAUUAGAUCGAUCAAGAAAUAACUCAUACGCUUUGGACCAUCAUGGAUACUCAUUUGAUUCAGAUGCUAAUCAUGUGAAUGACCAAUCACAAACAUUAUCCUUUGAGGAGCUUGUAUUCCGUAUUCUUUGUCCCAAUGAUAAAGUUGAAAGGAUCAUUGGACUUUCAAGUGGAAUUAUUGAAAUGUUGCAAGCUGAUGUGGGUGUGGAUGUGCAAGUUUCUGAUCCUGUGCCAGGUUCAGAUGAAUGCAUUAUAACUAUUACUUCUGAUGAGGGAUCAGAUGCGGAUCUUUUUCCAGCUCAGGAGGCUUUGUUGCAUAUACAGACUAAAAUAGUAGACCUUGGUCCUGAUAAGGAUAAUGUCAUUACAACAAGGCUUCUUGUUCCAACCUGUGAAAUUAUUUCGCUGGAGGGAUUCGAUGGAUUAUUGUCAGAUAUUCAAAGAUUGACCAGUGCAAACAUACAGAUAUUACCUAAAGAAGACCUUCCUACUUGUGCAAUGGAGGCUGAUGAGCUUGUUCAGAUUGUAGGGGAGAUUAGAGAAGCUAGAAAUGCUCUUAUUCAGGUGACUGCAAAGCUACGUGAUUACCUUUACCAGGAUAAUUCUGCUCCGAAAAGUACACUUCCACUGUCCUUUGCUGCCCCGAGCCAUGCUGGUAUUAUUGCUGGAAAGGAAUGUAACUCUCCUGCUAAAGCAUCACCACAUGAAUCUUAUCAAGGAAGUGAUCCACAGACAGAAAUUCAAAAUAUGCAUGUAGUAAUUGGCACACGACAUUCAAAGUAUGACACCGGAUUUCCUAGUGUGUCAGACCAGAAAGAGAGCAAUGCCAGUGAUGAGGGAAGGCAAAGUGGUGUACGAAGAUUUAAUGUUCCCUUGGUUACUAAGAGCACAUUGGAAGUUACCAUUCCAGACCAGGCAGUCCCGAGUUUAAUUAUGAGAUCUGGAAACAAGCUUGCUCAAAUCAGUGAGAUGUCUGGAGCAUCUAUUACCGUCAUUGAAGACAGACCAGAGCAGUCUGGAAAAAUUGUUCAAAUAUCUGGAAGCCCAGAGCAGGCUGAGAAAGCCCAGAGCCUUCUUAUGGGCUUUAUAUUGAGCACACUGCCUCUCUGGUACCUUCAACGUUGGCUAUGCAGCUUUGCUUUGCCUUCUUGUGGAUGCUCACCGCAAAUGUGCAGAUGCUCACGGUACAAGGGGAACCCAAGGCACUUGGAGAUGGCGCACACAUGCACGGAAGCAUCCCAGAUUUGGGAGGUGUUUAAGGUGAUAGAUGGCGUGCUGCUUUACAUUGGUGUUUUUCUGGUAUUUUACUAAUUGUGGAUUUUCAAUGAUAAGAUAUGCUCUUUUUAUUAAAAAAAAAAGAAAAAAAAAGAUCUGAGAUAGUGAAAGUGAGGAUGAAUGUGAG